AUGCCCAGAUUUCGUGAGUGUCCGGCACACAGUCGUCCUGUCAGACCUGACCUCAGCAGACUAAUAGCUAACAGAUACAUCAUCAAGCAAAGACUUGGGAGAGGAAGCUUUGGCACCGUGUACCUUGUUGAAGACACAAAGGCAAAAGAAAUAGAUAAACUGAAAGUACUGAAGGAGAUUCCUGUUGGAGAUUUAAAACCCAACGAGACAGUCCAGGCCACUCAAGAAGCUCAGCUUCUCUCUCAGCUGAACCAUCCUGCCAUCCUGAAGUUCUACACAAGUUUUCUGGAGAGAGACGUCUUUUGCAUCAUCACUGAGUAUUGUGAGGACAGAGAUUUGGACUGUAAGUUGGAAGAGUUGAAAAACACAGGCAGAACAUUGUCUGAGCCUCAGGUCUGUGAAUGGUUCAGUCAGAUGCUGUUGGGAGUACAUUACAUACAUCAGAGGAGAAUACUUCAUAGAGAUCUGAAGACCAAAAAUAUAUUUCUAAGGAACAACAUUGUUAAAAUAGGUGACUUUGGCGUCUCCUGUCUGCUGGUGGGAUCAUGUGACCUGGCGACUACCUUUACAGGGACACCAUACUACAUGAGCCCUGAAGCCCUCAGCCAUAAAGGCUAUGACUCCAAAUCAGACAUCUGGUCUUUGGGCUGUAUCCUCUAUGAGAUGUGCUGUUUAGCACAUGCUUUUGAUGGCCAGAACUUCUUGGACGUGGUUUUGAAGAUUGUGGAGGGACCCACUCCAUCCCUGCCAGAAACAUACUCGUGGCAGCUCAACUCCCUAAUGCAAAGUAUGUUAGAAAAGGAUUCUUCAUGCAGGAUCUUGGCCUCAAAUGCUCUGAAAAGCCCGCUCAUAGAACAAAGCUUGCAGAGCAUGAAACACAAAUUCUCCAGCCUGACACUGCAAGAGAGGUCGAUGGGGGAAGAGAGAGAUACAUCGCAGAUCCUAAGAGCUCUACAGAAGAAGGUGCAUCUGCAGACGCUGCGGGAAAGAUCAGAGGUGCAGAAAAUGAGCCCGAGAGAACGCAUGCGACUACGCAAACUACAAGCAGCAGAUGAGAAAGCGAAAAAACUGAAGCAAAUUGUGGAGGAAAAAUAUCAAGAAAAUCACCUUCGCAUGCAAGAGAACAAGUCCAAAAAUUUUCAUAAAGUCAAUGUGGACGUUUUAAAGGUUAGAACAGAAGACCCAAUUAGGCAGAUUGAAUCGAUUCAGAGCGGGUCACUAAAUGAAAACUUAGAGCUGGUGGGAAACCUUUCUGAGCUCCCUGAUAAGAUGAGCAUGUUUUUGCCAAAAAACCAUGCGAUCCCAGAAGAUCCUCAGGCGGCGGAGGCAUUUUACUCUGUGGAUGAAUUUGAGUCAUGCUCGGAAGAAGAAUCAGACAGAGACGGAGACUCAGAAGAAGAUCUCCCCACAGACCCUUCCUGUCAGACAUGUAGACAGGACAGUGACCUGGAGGCUAUGAUCAAACACAUGGAGAAUGUUCUGCAUGCUGAUUCAGAUGUAUCUGAAGCUGCGGAUCUGAAGCCUCUGCCCGAUUCUCUAGGUGCAAGCAGCAUCAAUACCAGCAUGGCUGAGAGCAGAAUCCAGCGAAUGAGAGAGUCACUUCAUCAGCGACUGGGAGAGGAGGUGUUCAUGAAGAUCUAUGACUACCUGAAGCAGGCCAGACAGAGGCAGGAGACCGAGGAGAACAUCAGACAGGAUUUGAGCAAGCUGGUGGAGAGAUCCAGCGAUUGCUUUGAAGUGGAUCAACUUCUUUAUUAUGAAGAACUUUUACAGACAGCGCAAGAAAAUACUGUAAGAUAA